UGUCUUCUUGAACACAAAGGUGAAGUGGAAGUGAGAUGGCACUUCCCUCCUUAGCGAGAAGACUACGAACUAAACACCCCCUCUGUCUCUCAAUCACUUUCCUUCUCCACCAUCCCAUGUCGGUGAACCAUCUCCCUCACCCAUUUCAAAGCCCUCGCCAUUUCUCCGCCCAAGUCCUCAGCCACCCAAUAGGCUUCAAUGGCCAGCGAUUCAACCCAGCAGUCACCCACAACUUGGGUCUCACCCACUUUCUUGAAUCCCUCAGAAGUAGUGCCAGUUUGGCCAAUGAGGCCGAGGCCAUGACUUUUCUCGACGAGUCCGGCGUCGAGGCGAAACGUGAUAUGGUUGUGUUGGCCAUUUGGGAGCUGAGGGCGGAUUGGAAGUUGGCGUUUUUGGGUUUCAAGUGGGGUGAGAAAUGGGGGUGUUGUGAUGAAGAGGCGUGUAGUUUGAUGGUUUGGGUGUUGGGGAGUCAUAGGAAGUUUAGUACUGCUUGGUGUUUGAUACGUGACUUGAAUCAGGCUUUGAUGGAUACACGACGUGCGAUGCUUAUAAUGAUUGAUAGGUAUGCAUCUGCAAAUCACCCAAGUAAGGCCAUUAAGACAUUUCAGAUAAUGGAGAAGUUCAGGUUGAGCCCUGAUCGAGAAGCAUUCCACAUCCUCUUGAAUGUGCUAUGUAAGAAUGGAAACAUGGAGGAAGCUGAAGAAUUCAUGCUUGUAAGUAAGAAGUUCUUCCCGCUGGAGGUUCAGGGCUUCAACAUUGUUCUUGAUGGGUGGUGUACCGUAUCUGCUGAUAUAUAUCAAGCCAAGAGAGUUUGGAGAGAAAUGUCAAAAUACUGUAUCACACCAGAUGCAACUUCUUAUACACACAUGAUUUCCUGCUUCUCAAAGGUUGGGAAUCUUUUUGACUCCCUUAGACUGUAUGAUGAAAUGAAGAGAAGGGAUUGGGUUCCUGAUCUUAAGCUUUACAAUUCCUUGAUUUAUGUACUAACCCGUGAAAAUUGCUAUAAGGAAGCUCUCAAAGUACUGGAAAAAGUGAAAGAAAUGGGUUUGCAGCCAGAUGCCACCACCUAUAACAAUAUGAUAGGUCCUUUAUGUGUAUCAAAGAAGCUAGAGGAGGCGCGACACAUGCUGAGUGCUAUGAUAAAUGAUAAUCUCAGCCCAACUGUAGAGACUUACCAUGCAUUUCUCCAGAGUGCAGAUUCAACUGGAACUCUAGAAGUUCUUGAUCGGAUGAAGAAAGCUAAUUUAGGUCCUAAUGGCGAUACAUUUCUUAUGAUUCUUGAGAAAUUUUUCGUAUUAGAAAAACCUGGGAAGGCUUUGGAGAUUUGGAAUAAAAUGAAGCACUAUGGAGUAGUCCCUGAUUCCACACACUACACAGCUAUGGUACAUGGACUGGCAACUUGUAGGUUGAUAACGAAGGCCAAGGAACUUUUGGCUGAGAUGACAUCCAAUGGAUUUUCAGAAGAUCCAAAGCUUAAGAAGCUCUUGAAGAAGCCAAUUGGAGGUAGUGUACAAGGAAAACGGAGAGUAAGAAAACUCAAGCAACCAAAAAGGAAUAAUCUGAAGCAAGAUAGGGUUGUGAGAUAGUCAGAUAGGAAAGACCAGUCAGUCAAGAAACAAGAACAUAUCAAGUAAAUAGUCUUAUCUUAGAACUUAAAUUUUGACUGCAUAUUGAAAAGCUGCAAAAGGUUCUGUCUUGCAACUUGCAGUUACAUUUUGCAUUUUUUUUUUGGGGAAGACAUGGACUAUAGUUAUUGAAGAUUCACCGCCACAUCCUCUCCUGAAAACUUUGCAGCUGGUGUUAUUGUAGUUUCAUGACAGCUGAUUGAAGCCAAAGUGGUUUGGUUUUUUGAAGUGAACUCGACCUCUUUAACAAUGUAAAUCACUACUGAGGAGCAUUUGGUUCAAUAUUGUAGUAGUCGCAGACUUGCAGGACCAAUUUGUUUCUCUAUGUUCCUGGUACGUAUAAUCAGAAUCCCUGUGGUUCAUAUGAUC